AACAGGUGGAGCGAGUAGGCACAUCAACUAACCUCUAGCUUUCAGAUUACAGCCCAGCUGGGAUUUUCCUUCCCUGAUCCAUAGUGGAGGUCACCAAACAAAUUUCACAAUGUUUGAUGGGGACUAUGACUACCUCAUCAAAUUCUUAGCAUUGGGAGACUCUGGCGUUGGAAAAACCAGCUUCCUUUACCAAUAUACAGAUGGAAAAUUCAAUUCGAAGUUCAUUACAACAGUAGGAAUCGACUUCCGGGAAAAAAGAGUGGUGUAUCGAUCGAAUGGUCCUGAUGGUAUAGCUGGAAGAGGUCAAAGGGUUCACUUGCAACUUUGGGACACAGCUGGUCAGGAAAGGUUUCGCAGCUUAACAACAGCUUUUUUCAGGGAUGCAAUGGGAUUUGUUUUGCUUUUCGAUUUAACAAAUGAGCAGAGUUUCCUGAAUGUCAGAAACUGGAUAAGUCAGCUGCAGAUCCACGCAUAUUGUGAGAACCCAGACAUUGUGAUGUGUGGAAAUAAGUGUGAUGUGGAGGAUCAGAGAGCUGUAAAGGAAGAGGAGGCAAAAGAGUUUGCAGAGAAAUAUGGAAUCCCUUACUUUGAGACCAGUGCUGCAGAUGGAACCAAUGUCAAUAAGGCGGUGGAGACAUUACUGGAUCUGAUCAUGAAACGCAUGGAACGGAAUUUAGGGCAGAGUAAAAACCAGCAAAAAUUCUUCAGGGCUGGUGCUAAGCGAUGACUUUGUAUGUGCUUUAUGGGACCCUUUUGGAUAGAGACAGUUCCACAUUGGUCCUGGUGAGACAUGCUACAAGAGCUCAAUUAAAAAGCUGGGUUGGAAGUACACCACUUGUGGAAUAAAUCACAAUAACUGUCAUUUCCCACUCUUCUUUUGGUGUUAAAUUGGUUGGGGGCUUCUUCUGUUCCUAUUUUUUACCUUGAUUGAUUCAAAUAUUCAUGGAGAUGCUUAUCUUGGCUGUAUGUGUUACUAAAUUGUAAACCUUACUGCAUGCAUUCAUACAUACAAACAAAAUAAUUGGACUUUAAGUGAAUGUACUUGAAUUUUUAUAAACUAUAUUUUGUAAUGUGGUUUAUAUAAAGAUCUUGAACUUGCCUUUUGUACAAUUUUUAAAGCUGCAGAUUUUAUUUAUGUGUAGAAUUAUCAAUUCAAGUUCUGUAUAAUGUUAAAAGAUAGAACAGAGAUGUAGACAAGUAAAAAAAAAGCUUCUUUAUAAUGAGGGUUCAGUUUUCAGCAAGUCCAUUAUGGAAACCACACGAAAUGAGUUAAUUGUUCACUUCACUAAUACCUUUUAUGUUUUUAAAGUAAGCCAUAGCUAUUAAAAGGCUUUCAAGCAUUUGUUUAAAGCUAGAUAAUCCUUGUAUACAUUUUUGGCCUUAGCGGAUACAAUUUUGGUCAACAGUUAAGGUAGCCAGAUGAGAACUAGGAAAAUCCCUACUGCUGUACUGCACAGUGCAC